CACAAAAAAGGUUUUUUAUUUACUGAUAAGAUGCUUUUUUAUCCACGUCUGAACAUUAAUCUCUUGUGUUCACGUUAUUUGAGCUUAUAAUUAUAAGGUUAAUAAUAGCAAGGCUAUUCAUUUUGCGAAAUGAAGGUGGGAGCACUCGUAUCUCCGCCCCAUGACCGCGGCCUAUCGGAGGGCGGAUCCUGGUUACGCGGGAGACUUGAGUCUACGGAGGUGGCCGCCGCCGGGAGGAAAUAAGAAGAGGAUUUGUAGGGAAAAAAAAUAAUCUUUAUUGUGGUAUAGAGGGGUUCUGUCUACCUAGAACAUAAAAACAUAAGAAAGGGCGUCAUUUGGCCCGUCUAGCCCGCUUGGUUGCAAGUUUCUAAUGUGGGCUGGUAUCUCAGUAUGCGCAGGUCAGGGGCUCCAAGUCAGCUGUGUGGCAAUGUGGCCAAGAAGCCCAGGUUUGUGCCCCCGGCAUCGAUGCACAUGAGAGCUGCUUCUGUGCCCGACCCGAAACGCCCCAGCCCUCCGCUGUGCAAUGCGCUGAACAAGGUGACAGCUCCCCAGGAAAAUAAAUCGGAGGCCCCUGUCUUAUCCAAAGCCUUGGCAAGAAUCCUUAAUGCUGUUCCCCUGGGUGACACCGAGGAGAACAGCUCAACGCUGCAGGGACUCUCCGAUAGUCUUACUGUGAGAGAAGAAGAGUCAGACCACAGGACUCCAGAUGAUUCCCGGCCCCUCCUUUCGGUGUCGAUUCAGCCGACGCCGGCCCCUCGCCGGGCAAAGCCAGACCCGUCCCCGGGAGGGCAGGGCAGCCCGGACAGCGCCGCCAGGUACUUCAGCGUGGUGUGGUGUAAAGCGUCCAAGAAGAAACACAAGAGGUGGGAGGGGGACGCCGUGCUGGUGGCCAGAGGGAGGAGCGUGGUGCUGAAGGACCUGGAAGGCAAAGACAUCGGGAGAGGCACUGGCUACAAGUCCUCCGAACUGGAGAGCCUGGCCGAAGGGCAGUCGCUGAUGGUCGGCGGGAAAGAGAUCGAAGUGAUGGGCGCCGUCUCCGCGGAGGACUUCAGCAGUGGCCGCUGCUUCCACGAGGGCCCUGCGGAAGCCGCCGCCGCGCCCCCUGUCCCUGCGCGCAGGCCGGCCCAGAAGCCCUUCGCCGGGCCCGCGCGGAAGAGCGGCUCGGGGGCGCUCCAGCGAGCCCCGGAGACUGAAGCAGGGUGCAGGCCCCGCCACGACCCUCUCGCCCCAGGAGCUCUGGUCAUGCCUCGGCCCACUCUGAACCACCAGUGGCUGUUCAACAAGGCUGGUCUACAGGUGGUGGACGUUGUUGUGGAUCCUUACCUCACUGCCCACCUCAGGCCUCAUCAGAGAGAGGGCGUCGUCUUCCUGUACGAGUGUGUCAUGGGAAUGAGGGCGGCCGGCCGGCACGGCGCCAUCCUGGCCGACGAGAUGGGCCUGGGGAAGACCCUGCAGUGCGUCGCCCUGUUGUGGACCCUGCUGCGCCAGGGGCCCUACGGCGGCAGAGCCGUCCUCCGGCGGGCGCUGGUGGUCACUCCCGGCAGCCUGGUGCGCAACUGGGGCGCGGAAUUCCAGAAGUGGCUGGGCGGGCAGCGGAUCGGCGUGUUCGCCGUGGACCAGGAUCACAAAGUCGAAGAGUUUGUCAACUCUCAGAUCUACGCUGUGCUCAUUAUCAGCUAUGAGAUGCUGCUUCGCUCCGUGGAGCAGAUUCAGAGGGUGGAGUUCGGCCUCAUCAUCUGUGAUGAGGGGCACCGCCUGAAAAACAGCAGCAUCAAGACCUCCUCGGCACUCAGCAGCCUGUCCUGUGAAAGAAGGAUCAUUCUCACAGGCACUCCUGUGCAGAAUGACCUCCAGGAAUUCCACGCAAUCAUAGAGUUUGUGAAUCCUGGAAUCCUGGGCUCUUCCUCCGCAUACAGGAAGGUGUACGAGGAGCCCAUUGUCAAGUCCCGGCAGCCAUCUUCUACAGGGGAGGAGAAGCGCCUGGGUGCAGAGAGGGCGGCAGAGCUGGCUCGCCUGACUGGGCUUUUCAUCCUGCGCAGGACCCAGGAGAUCAUCAACAGCUACCUGCCCCCCAAACUGGAGUGGAUAGUGUUCUGCCAGCCCACACCCCUCCAGCUCGAGGUCUACCGCAACAUCCUCAGCUGCCGCCUGGUCAGGUCCUGCCUGCAGGGGGCGCUGGAGAACAGCCCUCACUUGGUCUGCAUUGGAGCACUGAAGAAACUCUGCAACCACCCGGGCCUCCUGUACGCCACUAUCAGGGAAAGAGAAGACAGGGCCAGGAGUGACUGCGCUGAUGCAGCCGAGAGCUCUCUGUACGAAGGCUUGUCUGGGCUCUUCCCUGAGGGGUACUCUUCAGAGGGGCUUGACGCGUCGGAUUCAGGAAAGCUGAUGGUGCUCACAGACCUGCUUGCAGCGAUCCGCCAGCUGAGUCCCGCCGACAGAGUUGUGCUCGUGUCCAAUUACACCCAGACUCUGGACAUGCUGCAGGACCUGUGCCGGCGCUGUGGGUACAGGUCCACGCGGCUGGACGGGCAGACCCCGGUCUCGCAGCGGCAGAAGAUCGUGGACGUCUUCAACAGCAGAUACUCCUCCGACUUUGUGUUCCUGCUGAGCUCCAAGGCAGGGGGCGUGGGGCUGAACUUAGUGGGAGCCUCGCACCUCGUUCUCUACGACGUUGACUGGAACCCAGCCAACGACAUCCAGGCCAUGGCCAGGGUGUGGAGAGAUGGUCAGAAGAGAACUGUUCACAUCUACCGUUUCCUCACCACAGGCACUAUCGAAGAGAAGAUCUACCAGAGGCAGAUCAGCAAGCAGGGGCUGUCCGGAGCCGUGGUCGACCUGUCCAAGAGGGCCGCUCACAUCAGCUUCUCCUCGGAGGAGCUGCGGAACCUCUUCACUCUCCACGAGGACUCGGAGUGCGUCACUCACGACCUGCUCGGCUGCCGCUGCCGAUCCGGCGACUCCGCGGGAGGUCUGGCUGCAGAAGUAAAACCCCUGAUGGAGAGAAGUUGUCAGCUGGGUCGAAAAAGUGAGAAGCCCAGCACACAAAAGUAUCUGUCAAUCUCCGAGCUGAUGCAGUGGAAACACUAUUCUGGAAGCAACCCUACCUUUUCUGAUCCUUUUCUAGACAGAGCCAGAGAACAUAUUACUUUUGCUUUCCAAAGUACCUCUGAAUCUCAGAUGUCUCCUAUCACCAAUUCCCCUUGCGAGUAACAUGACAGAAAAAGGCUCCUCCACUGCUGUGUCAUGACAGGAUUUUGAGACAGCAAAGACUUGUUCCUUCUACAUGUUAAUCAAUCAGCAUUGAUGCAGUCUGCAUGCCACCUGACUGAUAUAGCGUUGCCAACUGAUUGCCAGAUUGUUACGUUACUCAGGAAUUUCCACAUCUCAUUGUAAAAUCAUCCAAUGUAAACGACGAUAAAGUGCAACAAGUGAAACGUCUUUCAUUUUUGUUUUGAGCUGCAUAAUACCGUUUUCUUUUCAUUAAGGACCUUCUUGUAUUUGUGAGAUACGACACAUUCACCACCAUUUCUUCCGGCAAAAAAGAAAGGAGAUGAAUCCAAGUUUAAUUUUUUAAGAAUUUCAGAUUACAAUUAAUUGAGCAAAAAAAAAGGACCUUUUUGUGAAGGAUUAGUCUCUGAAAAUAUUACAAACUCUUUAAUGUCUUUUAAUUAUCACAGGAAGUCCAGAGUCAGAAUUUUAACUGUUGACUGAUACAGUGGAAAUACUAACUCGGAGGAAAAAUGCGUUUAUGCACAAAGGACAGAAGAAAUGUUUGGUUUCUAGUGCAGACAUCAUUACCAACUCCUGCAGUGUCUAGUGUCAGAAACAAGGCCUACUGUAGUAAACUGUCAUGUUUUCUUGAAAUUUUAAGAAAAGAGACAAGUUUGUCCCGUUACCCUAGAAUGUUUUUUUUCUGCCACUGUAUGACAGUUGUACUACAGCAAAACAUUUCAUGCAGCUAAAGCAUCAGAUUCUGUUUUUAGAAAGUUGAAUUUGUGAUUGUAAGAUAUUGUUUAUCAGUUUCCAACAGAGUGAAUUGUCAUGUGUUUACGUGUAUGUAUCUGUUUUUUUAUUAACUGGAU